AAAUAAUUUGGUGUAGAACAUGACACCUUGUAUUAUAUGAGAUAUUUUGUGGAAUGAGUUUAGCAACUGUCGGCAACAAAGCAACUGAUGAACAAUCACUCGGAGAAUUGCUGACCGAUGUUCGGAAGAAUAUUCAGCUGAUUGAGAAUCAUGAUGCCAGAAUUUCACAGGAAUAUAAGGGUUUGAUUAUAGACACGACAAUAUCCUUGGAGAGAUUGUCUGUCCUUGUAGCUACGCUCCAUCUCUUCUCUAACAAUGAAACAAUAGACGAUGUCUCAACAGAAACUAUCAAGUUCAUGCUGGUAAACGCAUUCCAAGGGUUUGUCCACCAGCAGCACUACGACUUUGAGAACCGUAAAGCUCACGUGUUAGCUGCUAAAGAGUAUUUCAAGGACUUUCACCACCUGUGCCAACUGUACGGUCUUGCUGAGAAAACAAAUUUUGACGCAAACAGGAUGACUAAUCCAGUGCAGGAAUCUAACAGGAUGGAAAAGAUACAAAAGUAUCAGGAUAAGAAGAGGUUAGAGACUUUAUUAGAGGAAAUGGAGAACAGAACCCACGUAGAGGAAGAAGUUCAGCGAGAAAUCUACCUAUCUCUCGUAAAACUGUGGGUAAUGAAGUGUGAAGAAGAACUGUACAAUAUCAACAGUGAGCUACCAAUGUUAGAACACAUGGAGAAACUGAGAGGCGGCCUAGUCAAGCAGAGACCUAUUAUUAAACCUAAGGUAAUGAAGCCCUUUAUCCUGGUAAAAUCAGAACUACAGAAGCGAGUAUUCGGGGCAGGUUAUCCCUCCUUACCUACCAUGACAUUAGACGAGUUUUACGAUGAGGAGAUGGUGAGGAUGGCUGCAGAAGCUGAACGCCAGCUAAAUCAACCCAAACCUGUGGAACCUGAAGAUCCAGAUGAGGAAACGGAGGAAGAUCCUUAGGUAAAGCUAGGGCCUGGGAUGAGUGGAAAGAUACUCAUAGAAGAGGGGAGGGCAACAGACACAAUAGGAGUUAGCCAGCUCCUUAAAAUAGCUCCUUAAAAACAACUCCUUAAAAACAGACUCCCUUGUAUUAGCCCUUUUUAAUAUGACGGUAUUGAGGACAUUUUGUGUCGGGAGUUGCGGGACUUCUCUAUUUAGACUGGCAGUAUUCUGUAUUGUUUACUGUAUAGGACCUGGAUUAUAACUUAGAUCAUUUUUACGCAGCUUUUUAAAAUGUUUUUUUUAAAUAAUAACCAAAUGUUAUGCUAUAUUUUAGGUUCCUUGAGGUAAUUAUGGCAUUUCUGUCGAUCGAUUUUGUGUUGGCAACUGGGAUAUUUAUUACCUAUUUUAUUUGUAUUAAUUCUUGUUUUAAUUUUUAUAAACUUUCAG